CAUUUUCAAGCUCUGGCUUCAGCUGAUUCAAUCUGGGUGUCUCGGAGGGGAGAUUAUAGCGACAAUUCUAUCACGGUGCGAAGAUUGAAUCUGGAAUCAAAUGGGAAUUUGAGGUCCUAUGGAUGGAUCACGAGUUCAGGGACAUGGUCGUCGGGAUGGAGUGCUAUGGAAGACCAGUGCAAAGUCUAUGGAUGGUGUGGAAAUUUUGGGGUGUGUGUUUACAAUGGUACAGGUCCAUAUUGCAAAUGCCUAUCUGCAGAUUUUGAUCAGAUAGAUCCGAAUGAUGCCACUAAGGGAUGCAGGAGGCAAGAUGAUAUAACACAGUGCAGCAAUAACCAGAGUAUGAUUCAAAUGGAUCAUACAGAAUUCUUUUCUUACCCCCCAGAGUCAGAAUCAAAUUCUGAAAUAUAUUACUUGGGGUUUCCAGAUUGUUGGGAGAAUUGCCUCAAGAAUCCGAGCUGCAUUGCAUCUACAUUGAUGAAUGAUGGCACGGGGACUUGCAGGAUGAAGACGAGCAACUUCACCAGUGCUUAUCAAGCAGUAAGCAUUCCAAGCACUUCAAAUGUAAAGAAUCUCACAAAUGCUAUCGUCUUUGUACGACAACUGUGUUUUUGGCCACCUAAAUUAAGGUUUUGGAUUUCGAUAUUCUUGCGGACUUCAAUUUUUCAUCAUCAGUUUGCUGCGAGGGCUUCCUGUCUCAGAAUUGCUCCGCUAUUCGUUCCGCCAUGGCCAAUACUCUACCAGUUGAAAAUCCUCCAAAUUUGAUCCCAGGUGCCGCUAAAUUUGCCCGCAAGAUCUUCAGAUUUAACGCGCGGUUACUGCUUAUAAAUAAUUUGGCAUGAAAAAGCCUGGCACUUGUGCGCACCACCAGUGUUCUUAGCAUAGAAGAAGAGGAUAAAACCCUGAAAACAUGUUACAGAAUUUGAAACAAGAAAUAUUUUCAGCAAUGAAAAAUAGGGAAAAGAGAAGUGACGGUUAUUUUUAAACUGUCUAGAAUAAAAAGGUACCUCGGGUGUUUAAGGUUUGUAAUUAAGGCCAUGUGGGAGCCCAUGGAUUAUCCUGUAAAUCUAUAAUCUGCGUGUUCAAUGUGAGGAUUUAGCUGCUGUGUUACUUGAGUAUUCCCUGAAAAAAUCAAGAAUUUCCCCUGUUUUAUGCCCAAAUGAAAUUUCGUCAAAAUCAACAUCUCCUUCCCCUCUUUUUCCGUUAAGGUUGUCAUUAUUCACAGAGGUGGGAUGUAUCUCCGUACAAUUGUCCAAGGACACAUGUCUUAAUUCUUUCUCUGAACAAG